AUGGCGGAAGCUAUCGGACCCAUCGCAUCCGCAGUCGUCGUUCCCGAACAUGCGCCAGCCAAAUCCCCGAGUGCAGGCGCAAAGCGGCGAUUAUCAUCUGAGCCCGAAUCUGAUGCCAAGCGUUCCAAGGUUGAGGAAGAGAUUAGAGAGGAAGACAAGCCAUCGAGCCAGCGAUCAUCAAUCAAGGCCGAAAGAGACAGCCCGGAAGAGCAAAAGAACCUUGGCUCAGAUAGGCGCAAGAGCAGCGUUCAAGAGGAACGGAAGCGUGGCCAACGUUUAUUCGGCGGGCUUCUAAGUACAUUGAGUCAGAGCACGCCCAAUGGUCAGCAGAAACGACGGCAGGAGAUUGAAAAGCGUCAACAGGAGAAAGCUAAACAACAGAAGGCCGAAGAUGAGGGACGAAGAACACAGAAGCUCGCAGACUUGAAGGCUGUUCGCAAGGUCGAGCAAAUCAAAUUCGACGAGCAAUCGCAUACGAAUAUGCUGGCAAUGGCCAAUUCCCUUACUACCAGUGCGGAACCUAAACUGUAUUACAAACCAUGGGAGCUGCUGCCACGAGAGGAAGAACGUAUCAAGGAACAAAUCGCCGAAGCUGAGGCUUUAAUCGAACGAGAAGUAGACGAAUUUUACGCCCGGUAUCCCAAGGCAGACGAGGAAGAGUCAUCUGCGAAAGAGAAAGCUAACAUCACGUCCAAGGAGACGGUGGGUGAGCCUCGUACCGAGUCUCCGUCUGUUUCUAACGCUGUUGAUACUACUAAUGAUACUCCUGUGACUCAGUCUGAACAGGUUACAGCGGAAAAGCAGUCUAUGGAAGAACAUAAUGGGGAGGUAGUCGUUGAGAACGAGGAGGAUACAGUCAUUUACUGA